CUCAGGCAGCGUCAGCGAGGGCCAAGUGCAGAGACCAUUGCCAUGACUGCGGCGUUAAUGUUGCCGGGCUCCGGCAAAGCACCAGUCACAGGGCUACUCGGCACCAGCCCAACUCCUCAAAUUACCACCUUCUCAACCUCCAUCUUCUUCUUCUGCAAGAACAACAUCAGAUACCCUGGAAAUCAGUAUCAGUUCCAACAUCAUCAUCAACAACGCCAGCGAUUCCUCCCAAUUGCCUCCUCCUCCUCAUCGCCUUACUUCAGGAACGGAGGAGCAAACAUGCCACCAGGAACAGAAACAGAGUGUCCCGUCCCAGUGGACCAACAACCCGUGAAUGAGUACCAGAGCCUCGCCGCCUCCUUCCCUUUCUCCUGGGCAGCUGGAGACUUACCCGAUUAUAGCUCUCGUCUCUUCCUCAUGGGGGCUUCCUUCUAUAAAUUCGUCGGACUCCCCGUUGCUUGGUUCGGCAUCUUUCAUCCUGAAUCGCAGCCCCUCAACUGUGUUCUCGGUGCCGCCUCCAGUGGCCUCUUUGUUGUUACCCUCGCCGUCCUCCGGAUGUACCUCGGUUGGGCCUACGUUGGAAAUCGUCUUCUCAGCGCCACUGUCGAGUAUGAAGAAACUGGGUGGUACGAUGGCCAGAUAUGGGUGAAAACUGCAGAAGUCUUGGCACGAGAUCGCCUUCUAGGUUCAUAUUCAGUCAAACCAGUGUUAAGCAGAUUGAAAUUCACACUUGUAGGGCUGGCAGCAUCUUUAGUCUUUUGUGGUGUUCUACUUUUCAACAUUGAAGGCAACCAGAAGAAUUCUUACAUCUCUUCUGAUGAAGCUGGGGGUAGGGCUGUACCUGGAAUUUACAAUGAUGAAUCUGCUAGAUCAUUUGAGCCAGAUGCAUUCUGUGGUGAGCCUGACCUUCUCUGAUUCUUAAACACUGUCUAGUGUCUACCCCAUCUCUGUACAGUUUCAAACUUUUUUCCUUAUAUUAUACCAUGUCAAUAAUCACCUAUGACCUCUGUACGUUAGAAUUUGGAAGGUUGAUACACCUUCAACACUGGUGUUUGGCUUGUAGUACUUAGAGCAUUGUUUGAAAGCUUGUCAAUUGUUGAUACAUA